GGCGCGGAGCGGGUGGAGCCGCGAGCCGCGCGCGGGGGAAGCAGACUUCCUGGGCCCGGCUUUCUGGGGCGACCAUGGCCUUUGGGAAGAGUCACCGGGAUCCCUACGCCACCUCCGUGGGCCAGCUCAUAGAAAAGGCUACAUUUGCUGGAGUUCAAACUGAAGAUUGGGGCCAGUUCAUGCACAUCUGUGACGUAAUUAACGCUGCCCAGGAUGGGCCAAAAGAUGCAGUAAAAGCUUUGAAGAAAAGAAUUUCCAAAAACUACAAUCAUAAAGAAAUCCAGCUCACCUUGUCACUUAUUGACAUGUGCAUGCAGAACUGUGGUCCAAGUUUCCAGUGUCUGAUUGUGAAGAAAGAAUUUGUUAAAGAUAGUCUAGUUAAGCUGCUGAAUCCCAGAUACAACUUGCCACUAGAAAUUCAGAAUAGAAUCUUGACCUUCAUUAAGACUUGGUCACAGGGUUUCCCAGGAGGUGUGGAUGUAAGUGAAGUGAAAGAAGUGUACCUUGACCUGCUUAAGAAAGGUGUUCACUUUCCUCUCUCAGACGCAGAGGCUGCAAUAGCAGGACAAGAGAUGUCAUCAAGCCAGUCACCAGCUGUUCCCACUGCACCAGCUCUUUCUUCUGUCGUUGCUCCAAAAAACUCAACAAUUAAAUUGGUUCCAGAACAGAUUGGAAAAUUACACAGUGAAUUGGAUAUGGUGAAAAUGAAUGUGAGGGUCAUGUCUGCCAUACUGAUGGAGAAUGUUCCUGGGUCUGAAAACCCUGAAGACAUGGAGCUUCUGCAGAAACUUUAUAAGACAAGCCGGCAGAUGCAGGAGAGGAUCAUGGAUUUGCUUGUAGUGGUGGAGAAUGAAGAUGUGACUGUUGAGCUAAUUCAAGUGAAUGAGGAUUUGAAUAAUGCCAUCCUUGGAUGUGAGAGGUUUACUCGAAACCAACAGAGAUUUUUGGAACAAAAUAAAAACCAGAGGGAAGACAACAACACUACCAGUGAACCUUCUGCCCCAUCCUGUGACCUCCUGGACCUAAGUCCCAGCCCUCCCAUGCCUAGGGCCGCUCUGGGGGAACUCAGCGAUGUGAAUGCUCAGCUUUCAGACUUAAAUUUCGGCUCUCCAAGUCCUGAUAUAACAAACAACGUAAAACCCAGUCUUCAGCCCCAAGCAGAUUUGCUAUCCUUGGAAAAUACAGAAACACCUUUGUUGCCCCAAAGGACCACCCAAAACUUCGACUCGGGUCAUACCUAUGAGAAUUUUUUGGAAUCUUCCAGUACAGUAUUACUGCAGCCUGUUAGUCUACAAAACGUUCUAGCAACACCAUCAAGCGAGAGACUGCCACCCUUGCCCAGCAAUCAUCCAGCAAUGACAAAGAGUGAUCCCCAGUCACCCAAUUACUAUGAGGUAAUGGAGUUUGAUCCCUUAGCUCCUGCUGUCACUACAGAAAGUAUUUAUGAAGAAAUCGAUCAUCACCACCCCAAAGGAACUCAUAGUGAAUGUUGAGUUAUCAAGGAAUGAGGAAAGAAGGAAAAGAUGGAGAUGGUGGACUGUCUUCUUUAUUAUAGGUGCAAGUGGAGGACCUAGUCACUAGCUGCGUUAGGGGCUCCAACUCUCUGAAAGACAGACUGUCCACCUUUGAGAAGACAAGACCUACUAAACAUCAAAAACAUGGUGGAAAAUUUCUCCUGUGCAAUAAUGAAGUUUAACAGAAGAGUCACAGUUCCAGUCUGACAUGUAACGGCUCCUGGCACCAUCUCAAGCUUUAUCUCAAAAGAACUUGGUUGUGACAUAUACUCAUUUAAAACUUCAGAAGAAAAAUUCAUUGUAUUGAGGCCAAGCAGUUUAAUUGUAGCGUCUUAUGUUUCACAGGCCUUCCACCACAGAGACCAUCACACAGCUGAAUGAAGAGCAGAUGAUUUAAUUACAAAAUAAUUCUGAAUAGAUGUAAGUGUGAAAUGUGAGAAACUAAAUAUUAAGUGCCUUCAUUUAACUAAAGUUGAAUGUAAAAAUCAAUUUGCACUUCUUUAUAAAUAGUAUUCUUGUUUAGCAUUAUGAGUUAAACCUUUGAUGAUUGUAGUUGAAUUAUAUUUAGAUACCCCGAGAGGUCACUGGACUAUACAUUGGGCUGUCUUUAAAUAUGAUUCUUUAUAAUACAACAUGUUCUUUUUUCCUUUAUAUUGUAAUUUAAUAUUCUAACUGGGACAGACCACUGGAAAACAAAUUGUGCAUUCAUUUAUAUGUCAAAUUAUAAUGACAAAUUACAAUUAAAACAAUUUAAUACAUUUUUUUUACAGUCUGUUCAUAGAACUUCUGGUAUCAGUAAAUCUUCACAAUCCUACAUUUACAUUUUAACAUUCAGGGAUUUGGACAUAUGAUAGGAAAUGUGAGAAACCUACUAGAUCCAUACACGUUUAUACAUUUUAUUUCAAUUUCAUGACCCAAAAGUUUCAAAGUAACUAUUAAGUACUAUGACUAUGAAAUAACCCUACAAGAAAAAAAAAUGCAGCCAAAACUGAAAUCAGAAUGUAAUUUUGGGCAACCUGUUAGGGCUUAGUGGUUCUGCUUCCAUAUUGAACCUUUAAAAUAGUCACAGUUCACAAUAAAAGUAGUAACCAGCUAUUUUAGAAAUAAUAAAAUCAUCAGAAGGUCAACCUAGUGCCUAAAACAAACUUGGGCAUUAAAAAAACCUUAUUGCUACAAGUAUGAACUAAUAAUUUGAAGGUGGACAGGAACCAUCAAGUCCAUGCCUACAUAGUUAAAAGUUUUUUUUAAUACUACUACUCAAACUCUGAGCAUGGGUUUUACAUAGUCAUACAUUCUGAAUAGGCAUAUGGAAUCCAUGGUGAAAAGCUAAACUUGUUUUCUCAAUUUUAAGUUGAAUAAAUUAGUUGGGGGUAAAUAAUCAUUAGUGUAUAAUAUUUAAAAUAGAAGACUUCACAUUAUUGUACAGUAUUUCUCCUCUGAGAAGACAAGAUACAUGAUUUUUCAAAAAUCACAAAUCUGAAGCAGGACUUAAGUUGUUGACUUCAGCUAUAGCCAGGAACAGGCAGCGUGUGCCCCUCCUUUGCUUCAAAAAAAGUGUAAGAAAGAGUGAUGAGAUCAACAUUCACCAUUCUGGGAUCUUCAGCAAAUUCAGGAUCAAUGUAGAAAAACACUGGCAUAUCUACUUCCUCUUGCGGAUUAAGCCUUUGUUCUUCAAAACAGAAGCACUAAAAUUAUAGAAAAGUAUUUAUUAAUAUUUCUAUUCAGUUAUCUACAGUGGAAACAGGUGGCUCAUUUCUUGGCUUUAAUGAACAUAUUAUUAAAUAUAAUCUUUAAGUUCUGUGAUAGAGUAACACAUUUUUCACCUUUGAUUGCAUUUUGCUUUAAGGAUUAUGAAGCAAAUUAAUCUCAAAGCAGAUACCCAUUUGGUUUGGCAUAGCAACUGUAAGUAAUGAAAAAAGUCUAGAAGAAGUUUUCAGAAAUCAAUACCUACUAAAAUAUGGCAAUUUAGUACUAAACAGUUUUACAUACUUUUAUCACAUUUUAUGAAGUUUGCACUUAGUUAUACCUGUAUUUUAUUGAAAUACUGUCCAGCCUCAAAUGGUACGACAUUGUAUGUAGAAAUUCCAAUUACUGGUUUGUCAGUAGGAUUCUUAGCUUUAUAAAAUGCAAGUGCAGUCUCCCCUGGCACUACCUGUUUUGAAGAAAAUAUAUAAUAUCAUUUCAUCUUCCGCAGCACCUUUUCCCCCAACAUAUGUCGUAUUAUUUUUCCUAUCCAUCAUGUAAUACCUAAGCUAAUAAGGGUCGACAAAAUAAAUUGUGAAUACUGCCAAUGAACAUCUAAUUUUCAAAUUUUACUAGCAUAUAUUAGUGAAAAACCAGUGCUCUAUUAUGCCCAAUUAAUUAUGAAUUUUCUCUUGUGUAUCUGAAGUCUUCUGGCAAUAAUCUACAAGUUGAGUUGCUUAAAAUGUCUUCCAGAGAAUAUCAAGCCUAUCACAGUCCAAUGAUACACUAAAGAUUCUUAUUAAAAGGUUACCAACAUAAAUUCAGCUUACAACCAGAGUAAAUUAAAUUUAUAACCAGAGUAAUACUCUAAUAACUGAAUAGACCUCUUAUUUAACCAAAGAGCAGUAAUGCAUUUUUUUUAAAAAACAGUAGAUAACAAUGCCAGGCUUUAAAAAAAAUUGGUUUCCAAAGAAUACUCUGUCACUUAUUCAACCACUAAUGCUUUGGGCUACAUAACUGAAAACGAUAUUCAAAAUCAUAAUCUAAAAAGCUGUCGACUGUUGAAGAGAUUCAAUCAUGUUUAUUAACUUAAGGAGCACUAAUACUUAAAGGAAAAAUAAGGUUUAUGAUAGAGCUUUUCUGGCAGUUCACCAGCUGAUGAAAUAAUUUCAGUUGAAUCCUCUGGAAUUCCAGUUAGUCAAGAUUUCACGAAAUCUUUAAGUCUGAAAUAGAACAUGACUAGUACUUCAAAAGUCCUGUCAAUUUCUUUUAAAGAACAGGGAUUCUUAUGAAGUGAAUCAAUAAUCUACUUUUCAUUGUAACCAAUUUUUUUCAACAUUUUUCCUGAGGAAAACUAUGACAGUUGAUACUAUCCUCAAGAUCAGUGAUCAGAGAACUGGUUAGUGAACUCUUAAUGAUUCCAAUAAAAAAAGAUGACAUUUCCCAUGGUUCCAAACUGACUUUCACUAUAGUACCAUAUAACUUAAAAUUUAGAGUAUAUACUGUUACAUAAAGGCCAAACAGUAGUCUAUGGGAAGAAAUUAUAGUAAUGGAGUCAACAUUUUGAAAUUAAGUAUAGAUACGUGUUCCCUACAUAGUAAAACUGUUCAAAAUAUUGCAAGAAAUUUUCAUUAGAAAAAGGUAAUCUUACAAUUUAUCACUUACAUAUAUUUCUGUUUGCUGAGGCCGAAAGUUCCACUGGAGACUUGCAUGUACAUCUGCAUUAAAGGUGACUUUAAUGAUGCGAUCCUUAACAGGCACCAUGUUUUCAAUCUGAUCCGAUGCAUGACCUGCUGCUACUGAUCCCCCCAGUCCUGUAGUCUAAAAGAAGACAUUAAAGCAUUACAUGUUAAGCAAGACUUUUUGGUGCUGAUGA